ACAGGGUACUUAAGCCUUACAUUUCUAUACCGCUUGUUCAAGAGCCCCCUUUCGUCAUUUAGCAACUAUCCCUUCCAGUUUUGCGACAGCAAAAUGUUUUUUCUUGGGAUCGCUAUACAGGGUCUCCUCCUUCGACGCGUCGCUGCUUCAGUUAUUCCCAGUGAUGCACAAUGGGCUGAACUUAAUCAGACCGUUGGUGGUCGCCUUUACACCUCACUCCCUCUCGCGGCGUCAUGCUUCUCUACAGUGAAUGGGUCACCGUCAACACCUAACGCGACGGAAUGUGCAAUGGUGCAGCAAGGGUAUACUCAACCGGACUUUCGCUCUACCCACUACAGCGCCCACAUGCUGCCGCAAUGGGAAACCUGCCAGUCAACCGUUCAACGAUGUCUGUUGAACUCGAAUGAUCCUAGCGACCCCACAGCUUGGGAAGACAACGAAUGCUGGCAAGGAGCUAUCGCCUCUCGUUAUAUUGAUGUCCGAAGCGAGGACGAUGUUCUUGCAGCGCUAUCGUUUGUCAAUGAAACCGGUAUACAGUUCUCAAUAAAGGCUUCUGGUCAUGACUAUAAAGGUCGCUCCAGUUUCGGUUCAUUGUCCCUCUGGACCAGGAAUUUAGACUCACUGAAUUAUUCCGCCGUUUUUCUUCCUGAAGGAGGGAAUGAAACUUACCCCGCAAUCACCAUUGGGGCAGGAGUUCCAUUCGAAGACGUAUAUGCCUUUGCAGAGGAGAACAAUAUUACUGUCGUCGGUGGGUACCACCAAACAAUUGCCGCAAGUGGGGGUUGGGUCCAGGCAGGAGGACAUAGCAUACUUUCGCCCAUCUAUGGGCUUGGUGUUGAUCGUGUGCUUCAAUACAAGAUCGUCACUUUGGACGGCGUUUUGAGGACUGUCAACAAGUUCCAAAACUCAGAUCUGUUCUGGGCGCUGCGAGGAGGUGCUGGAUCGACAUUCGGUGUAGUGCUCGAAUCGACAAUGCUGGUUGAGCCCCAAAUGAGUUUGCGAGUGGCUGCAAUAUCGUUCAAUCAGACCGCGGAUAACGCACGGGGAUUUCUCGAACUACUGGUGAAUAAUUCAUACAAAUGGGGACAAGAGGGAUGGGGUGGCCAUAUGGGCCCUGCGAGCCUCAUUAACGUUAACCCACUGUUAACCCUGGAAGAAGCACAAGCCUCUGUUCAACCUAUUGUGGACUACGCUUUGGCUCAGAAUGGAACGGCGGUAGUCGAAGAUCUAGCUUCGUGGCAAACAUUUUUCGCUAAAUAUGUUGAAUCGGCUGAAGCGAGUGUUGGUGUUCAGACAAUCCUUGGAAGCCGUCUUAUUCCAACUGACCCCUUCUUUACUGACGACGAUGGCAAAGAAGCGUUGGUCGACCUCAUGGUCAAAAUGGUGGACACUUAUGCUGUUAAUCCGUAUAUUAUUCAAGGAACACCCUUCUUGUACAACUAUACCGAGGGUACAACGAGCGUCACUCCGGCGUGGCGGAAUUCCCUCUGGCAGAUUGGUUUUCAUGAAAAUAUGCUUUACAAUGCGACGCUCGAGACAAUGUAUGCCCAGUAUGAGAUUGUCAACAACAUUACGUCCUGGAUGAGAGAGCUUGCGCCGGACUCUGGGGCAUACUUUAACGAAGCGAAUCCCUAUGAACCUGACCACGAAGUAACCUUUUGGGGUGACAACUAUCCCGCUCUGCUUGAACUGAAGAAUAAAUAUGAUCCCUUCAAAUUACUUGAUUGCUGGAUGUGUGUCGGAUGGCAAGGUCCAGCAGACGAACGUUACUCUUGUUAUCUCAAUAUCUCGACUGACUACUAAUAGUACAUACAGCAUAUAGAAAACUCAUUUACUGUAUUUAGCAAAUGAAUAGUAUGUGGCCCAAUAUUUGAGCACUGCUGGCCUGUUGCAUGUCACCUCAUG